AUGGCGGGUGUUCCAUACUCCUCGGCAGUCGGGAGUUUGAUGUAUGCCAUGGUGUGUACUAGACCUGAUAUCGCUCACGCGGUUGGAAUUGUUAGCAGGUAUCUUUCCAAUCCUGGAAAGGAUCAUUGGGAAGCUGUAAAGUGGAUCUUGAGGUACCUAAAAGGCAGUGCAAAUAAGUCCUUGAGCUUCGACAAAGGAAACACAGUUCUUGAAGGUUAUACAGAUGCAGAUAUGGCAGGUGACCUGGAUAGUAGAAAAUCUACUUCAAGAAGCAGGCAAAGAAAUACUUUGGUUGAAGAGGUUUCUUCAACAAUUGGGAAUGAAGGAGGAAAGACGCUCGAGGGGACGGCGUCGGGGGUGCCAAUGCUGACAUGGCCAGUAUUCGCAGACGGGUUGUGCAACGAGAAGUUCAAUGUGUUCAUAGGAGAAAAGGGCGGAGGAGGAGUUCAGGUGAAGUCGGGAGUCGUUAAGGCGGCGAAAGCUGAAUGGAACUAUCCCCCAGUCAUUGACCAACGUCACUUUGCUCGUAUACAUUGA